UCAAAAGGUCAGGAUGGGUACAUUACUCACCCGGGUGAACUGGUCUGGCAUAUAGAGGUUUCGAAGGUGGUGGUGAUUCGUGAAGUGGUUCGGCCGUCGCAGACGAAGACUCGUACAGAGGAAAAGGGUAGAACUCAAAGCUUCAAGGGCUCCUCACAUGGUCUUCUGGAGUUAAAAAGGGAAGAACACGAAAGAUAAAGCGAGGGAGGGAAGGAGCCAGGAGGCAUGUUCGGAGGGUUUUUCUCAUGGCUCUUGUUCUUUUUCCUCCUAAUCGCUCUGGUCUGCCUUAUCGUCUACCAGCUCAUUUGCUUAGCAGAUCUAGAGUUUGAUUAUAUCAACCCUUAUGAUUCAGCAAGGCGGAUAAACAGUGUGGUUUUGCCAGAGUUUGUCACACAAGGAGUCCUAUCCAUCCUCUUUCUCAUAACAGGGCACUGGGUUAUGUUUCUGUUGUGUGUUCCAUACCUUUACUAUAAUUUCAGAAGUUAUACACAGAAGCAGCAUUUUGUGGACAUUACCGAGAUCUUCAACAUGCUCAACUGGGAGAAGAAGCUACGGCUUUUUAAGCUGGCAUAUGUUAUUAUCCUGCUCUGCCUAACUUUAUUCUGGAUGAUUUAUAGCGUAUUGGAAGACGAUGAGUAAUCUGGCAUUGUUACUUGUGUUUCAUUAUCCUUGGGAAUACUCCUACUAAUCGUUUAAAUUUGGCAUACUGGAGUUCUUUCCAGCUUAUGAGGCUUCUCUGAGAUUAUGUAUGUGUUUACGUUUGUACGCGUUCAUGUGCUCAGCCGGGGAGGGGAGGAGGGAGUAGGGGGGAAGAAGAACGGGGCUGAUGAGAUCUAAGGAUGCAAAUUGAUGGACCCUGUUUGGGUUACAGAACUAUUGGACUGGAUUUUUUUUUCUUUCUUGGAAUGGAUUGAAUAGAGGGAAGCUUUAGUGUUACAGAUGCUAUGAAUCAGGUUGAAACCAAUCUACUUUGGAACCCCCAAAUUAACAAUCAAGUGAUUCUUGCACCUAACCUGUA